AUGAACUCGCAGUUUCCUCCUUCAUCUCCUAUUGCGAGCUCACAUCAAUAUGAUUUAGAAAAUCCAUUUUAUCACCCAGAGAAAGAUACUGAAUCCGUGGUCUCAUCUGCCAGUUUGAAGUUGUUCAAGGACAAAGACGACUUAAAGCAAGGUAAUGUCAAAAAUUAUCCAACUCCACAUCCCUCUUCUACUGUUGGUCGUUCCUCUUCCCCAAUGAGAGAUCAAGCAGGUGAGAUAUUAUCAUCUGAUUACGAAAUGGAAAAACAUCUGGAGACCGAAUUGAAGAAAGUUAGCCUAAUCGAUAUUUCGCUAGAUCCGAGAGAUAACUCACGAUUGGCAAUUGGGCGCAAAAAAUCUGUAUGUGAUAUACAUCUUCCUCGCGGAAAAAAUAUCUCCAGACAACAUGCUUUCAUUUCUUAUAUCUCACCUUCCAACCAAUUAAAACUCGAAUGCAAUGGUACAAAUGGUCUCGUUAUUUCCUUCCCGAAGAAGCUGUCACAUGUAUUGGUUAAAAGAUCAAAAGCUUCAGAUGUUUACGAGCUAGUAACACAGGACCAAUUACAUGAUAACGAACAAAUCAUUUCUCCAGAGGAAAAGCAGUUGUUGAAAUCAACUUAUUUGACAUCAUUUGUACUAUUGAAAGGUGAAACAGUCAUUAUGCCAUAUAUCAAGGACACAAUAUUCGACUUCAGACAAUGUGAGGCUCGUGUUAGAUUACAAGAUGUUACAACUGAUGAAGAAGAUGCCAAAAAUGAUACGGAAACUGAAGAUGAACUGACAAAAGUCGACUUACACAGUGAUGAAUUCCAUGACGAAGACUUCUCGUUGGAAGAACAGGAAUCUGUUGCUAAUAUGAUACCAAUGAGCACAGUCGAGUGUUCGCCACCGACACCUCAGUGCAUGAAACCAUCGGUUUUACCAGUGGCUAUAAGACAUACUUCUGAUACUGAAAGACCUAAUGUGGAACGUACCAAGUGCAAGCUGACCCCAUAUAGCUCUUUCACAAUAAAGACUCCAAAUGCUCCGAAGAAAUUAGAAGCAAGUACUCCAGUUAAGGACAUGACUACACCUAGCAAGGUUAAGGUGGAUGAGAACGCCGAUGAAGUCCGUCGUCGUAAGUUAAACACUCCCUCGCCAAAGAAGAAAUCCAAAAAGAAAUCAAGAAAGCAAAUUGACAGUGAUGAAGCUUCAAAAGAACAAACUCUUUCCUCUUUGACUACAAGGGGGGUAGAUUACAAAGAAUUACAGCAUGUAUUGUCCAAUCACUUAGCAUUCUCUAACAUUCAACAAGUGCCACUCUUUCAAUUGCAGGAUGUUAACUCUGUUGUCUCGAAGUUAAGCCGCACAGAACUGCGCGCUAUUUUGAAUGACGAACAAUGUAUCGGAGUAAUUUACCGUACAGGAAAAGAUGCCGCAGGAAAGCCACUGGAUGAAGAAUACUACUAUGAUGCAGAAAAUGAUCCUGACGAUGACAGAAGACAGCUGGUAGCAUCACUCAAGGGUGGCAGAUCUGGUUUAAGAUCAUGCAGGAGAGUGCAUAAACAGUAUUUCUGGAAGAAACCAACUAAAUAA